GCCGAGCUCCGCCCCUCCGCCCGCGAAGAGUGCAGCGGGCGCAGCCACAGAGCCGCUGUCGCCGGGCCAGCCUAGGGCGGCCGGCCCGGAACCACCCGAUGAGAUUUCUUCUCUCUAGGGAUGGUGAAGUUGGAGAGGGGCUCCUUUAACCCUUCUGCAGGAUGAACCCUGUGCCAGAAGACAUGGAGAAUGCUCUCAUGGGGAGUCAGAGCUCGCACGCUUCCCUGCGCGACGUCCAUUCCAUCAACCCCACGCAACUCAUGGCCAGGAUUGAGUCCUAUGAAGGAAGGGAAAAGAAAGGCAUAUCUGAUGUCAGGAGGACUUUCUGUUUGUUUGUCACCUUUGACCUCUUAUUUGUAACGUUACUGUGGAUAAUAGAGUUAAAUGUGAAUGGAGGUAUUGAGAACACGUUAGAAAAAGAGGUGGUGCAGUAUGACUACUACUCUUCUUAUUUUGAUAUAUUUCUUUUGGCAGUUUUUCGAUUUAAAGUGUUAAUACUUGCAUAUGCCGUGUGCAGACUGCGCCAUUGGUGGGCCAUAGCGUUGACGACAGCAGUGACCAGUGCCUUUUUACUAGCAAAAGUGAUCCUCUCAAAGCUUUUCUCUCAAGGGGCUUUCGGCUACGUGCUGCCCAUCAUUUCCUUCAUCCUUGCCUGGAUCGAGACGUGGUUCCUGGAUUUCAAGGUGUUACCUCAAGAGGCAGAAGAAGAAAACCGACUCCUGAUAGUUCAGGAUGCCUCGGAGAGGGCAGCACUGAUACCUGGUGGUCUUUCUGAUGGUCAGUUUUAUUCUCCUCCUGAAUCCGAAGCAGGAUCUGAAAAUGAAGCUGAAGAAAAGCAGGACAGUGAAAAACCACUUUUAGAACUAUGAGUAAGACUUUUAACAAAUGUGAAAAACCUUCACUGAACGUCACCAGAGGGAAAAAAGCACUGAAACUGGGGGUCUCCCUUUUGAAGGUUGAAAUGGUGACAUCCACUGCUGACGUUACUGAAUGGCUAAUAAAGAAUUUAUUGAUUGUAAUACCUCACAGACAUGGUACCAUCUCCACAUAUAUUUAAUCACCUGCCCGUGGCUGGUAAGAUAAUGUCAUGAUCCAUCCUGUAUUCAGUGAGACUUGAGUCUGAUCUGUCAAAGAAUAGUUGCAGAAAGUCUUGUGCUGUGUUCCUGAUCAAAAGACUUCUUAAUAUAUUGGAAUAACACUUUUUUAGUAUGCAAAAUAUCUUUUUAUUUUGACUUGCAGAAUGGAGUUUUUUUGUUUCAUGUCUUGGAUUUCUUUUGUCUUUCUUUUUUAACUCCCUACAUUUCCCUUGUGUUUUUUUAACUCAUGCACAUGCACUAUUUGUACAAUUUUAAAAGGUAAUAAAAUCCAACAUAUCAAAAUGAUCGGUUUUAUUUUUCCUGUUUUGCAUUAUGUAUUUGGCCUAAAGUGUUGGAAUUACGAAAGGGGAACAUGAGGGAUUGCGAAUACAUGUAAAAAGUCACCAGAAAUUGAAUCGUUCUCUCAGAAGUAUGAUUUAAAAUAGUCUGAUUACUCUUCUUUGAACCCACUGUAUGAAAUCAUUUUCCCUUGUGUUUAGCUAGUUUGAAUUAAAAUGAGCUCAAUUAUAUUGUGAGCUAUUUUUGUUAAACAGGAAUAUUCAACGCAAUGCUUCAUGGGAAGGCAGCAUGUCUAUCAGUUUUCUUUCAUUAUUCAUUGUGUCAUUCAAGAAAUACUGAACUGUGUAUGAUGGAAAUGGUGUUGGUUUGGAUGGAAACUGACCAUUUAUGCAGAUCCGAUCAACUCCAUCCAUGCUUGGUCUAAGAAUGGGCCACAGGACCGAAGUGCAGCUGGAGGCUCCCUGGGAGGCCGGGGCCUAACCAGGGGGAGCUUCAUCCAUGGAGAAAGGGGGAGGGAGAGCUCCAGGGUCUGGCUUUGGACUAAAGCCUCAAGAAUUCAGUGGUGUCAUCACAACGAGAACAUCCUGUCUCGGGAGUGGACCCCCAUCUACACCAUGACCACUAAUGUGACCUGCGUGCCUUUAAGCUGAGAAGGAGCUCUCCCCAACACACUGGGUUGGACCAGUAGGAUGUGGCCAGUCCUCCUAGAUGAGCAAGGUCCCCCCAGAUGUUGGCUCUCAGAGCAGAGACCAGGAAGAAUGAAGGAUGUGACUUGAAUGUGCUGUAAGGUCAGACUGUGAGAGCUAAAGCAUUGAGCUUAGCCAUAGAGCCAUGCUUCCUUCUGGGACUGGACGGAUGGAGUCCAGGGCUUGGACCCCUGCUGGGUGGGGUGGAGAUGGGACACCUGCUGUCCAUGCUCACGUUGCUGAGCAGCCCUUGGCUCAUUCACCCAUCACACUCUUAUCUGAUGUUAGUGCUUCUAUUAAGCCUUGCUCAGGAUGACUCUGAAGUCAUUUUGUCCCAUUCGGGGGACUUAUGUGACUCAGUAUAUGACACUCAAUUGCAUGGGUGAGAUCAGGGCCUCCAUAUCUCUGUUCUUGUGAGGGAAAAAGCACAUCACAUCUGUUCAUGCGACUGGGUUUAGGGGAUCGAGUCUUAUGUCACCCUGUCUACACAGAAAAUGAAACCAAGAAGUACCAGCCUCGGUAAAUCACAGAUCAUGGAAGAGCAUGGGUGGUUGGUGGAAUGUCAGGGAUUAUCUUAGUGCUGCAAGGAGUCCUGUCUGCUCUUUCCUCCAGAACAGAGUCCUGAGCGUGGACAGAGAAGCAGCAUCUGAAUAUUCUGGGCAUAAGUUUCCCAACUCACAUAGGAGCUAAUUGGAGGAACUGCAUACAGAAAUAAUGGGGAACCCUAAGCCACAGCCUAGAGUAUGUUUGAUAGCAAUUACGUGCCUGUGUAAAACGAUGUUUUCUUUCCAUUAGCUGUGACUCUUUGAAAGUGAGCAAAGUUGGUUGUGGUUUAACUGUUCUUAUUUCCUUGUGACACCCCAUCUACCCCUUGCACAGUCCCAACCAGCAGGGGCCGGUUUGACUUUGAGCAUUUUCCACGAAUCAACCACAUUCGACAGAGCACACGAACAAAAGAAGCCUGAGAACCAGCCACACCAGCGCCCUCCUGCCACUCACGCUGUCACCCUCACCACCACCGCCCUCCCGUCUCUGCAUCUCCCAGGCCAGGGCAGCCCAGGGCGAGUUGGGAAAGGAAGUUGCUGAGAAGCUGGAAACCGCAGGAGGCCCUGCGGUGAAAUCAGCCACACAGAACUUUCAGAGAUUUGCAGUUUUUCCAUCUUGCCUUUCUAUGCUUUCCCGACGCAGAAAUAGCUCCCAAACUCCAAGAGGAGGGCCAGGUACUUGGGCUAAAGAGAUCUGCUCUAAUAUCUAAUUUAGAUAGUCUCAACCAAGGAGACUAUCUAAAUUAGAUUUCAUCUUUCUUGUAUCUGGUUGCUCUUGUUUUGUUUCCAAAUGGGAGCCUCUAUUUGGUUUUCAAAAGAACUAGUUUCACGGAAGCUGAAGUGAAUUGUAAGCACAGAAACAAACAAAAAAACAGCUUCCCAAUUUUAAAGGAGACAAGGUUUUAAUUCUAAUGCAUAAAAAGGAUUUUUACUUUAAAAGGAUCAGAGAAAAUAGAAAAAUAUACAAUCACUUAUUUUUUCACCCACCUACCAUGCAGUGAACAUUUUGUUUUGUGUGUGCCUGUAGAAAUACACAGACACACAUAUAAGUGAGCAUCAUACUUGUUACUAUUACCACCCAAUAGAAAAAAGUGAUCAAAGGACUGAACAAAUAUUGCACAGGAAAGGAAAUACGAAUAGACUUUAUAUAAAGAGAUGCUUAUCCUCACUCACAGAAAGAGAAAAACAAAAGCACAAUGAGAUACAUGAGAUACUGUUUUUCACCUGUCAGAUCAGCAGAAUCCUGACCUUUGACUGCACUCUGUAGGUGAAUGACUGUAGCAUUCACCUACAUUGUGGUACAGAUGCAGGAUGGUGCUGUGUCCAUAAUAGGCAAGUUGGCCAUAGCUGUCAAAAUGACCAAUAUGCACGGUCAAAAUGACAUAAAACACUAUUAUAAUUUCAGCAUCUUUUGUAAUAGCAAAAGAGUGGAAAUAAGCCAAUGACAUAUCACGGGGGCACUGAUUUUCGUAAAGUAUUGUAAUUCACUAGUGAAAUAUCACACAGCUGUCCAUGUGUCCCCAGAGACUGACAUGAAAAGAGCUCUAGGUUGUACAAGUGAGAAGAGAGGUGCAGAAGAAUGUAUAUUGUUUACUACCUUUGUGUAUGAAGCAGGAAAUUAGAAUAUGUAUACACGCAUAUACAUAUAUGUUUCAUUUAUUUAUUUAUUUUGUAUGUUCAUUUGCAUUUGCUAAAUAAAAACUGGACGUGUGCAGAGGAAACAGAAGUGUGACCUGUAAGAGGUAGGGACGUAGAUAACAGUGGUUGAAGCAAGGUUUCUUAAUGCAAUUUCUGGAGUGUUUUUUGAUUGAUUUGGAACCAUGUGGUGGUAUAAUCUAACAAUUUUACUGGAGUUUGCUAGGCAUAUUAGUUUUUCAACAACACUUCCUGACUAAUUCUCCAUUUCUUUAAAUAAUGUACAUUGUUUUGGAAGAUGCAUAGUAGUCUGUCAUAUGAUGUCCUUUAGUUUAUUUCCGUAGUUUCGAAUUGGGCAUUUGGGUUACUUUGGGCUGCUGUAAGUGGUGCUACAUUUGAUGGACAUCUGAGCACAUAAAUCUCAGUACAUACAUUUUGUUUCCUUAGGAAAUUGAUGCGUGGACGGUAAGAUCACUUUCCAGGUGAAGCACGUUGUACACUUGUGUAAUGGGCUCUGCGAUGACUCCUUUCUGCCUGAGAUCUGAGCUGGCAGUACUGGGACUGUUUCAGUCACUUGCUGCCUCAACCCGGCUGCACAUCAGAGUUACUGAAGGGGGCUUUUUAAAGUCUGAUGCCUGGGCUGUUAUGAAGUCUGGGCCUUAGUGAUUCUUCUUUCCUCCCUCCCUCCCUCUCU